CGUCGCGCCUCACGACUGCCUAGAGCUGGAAAAAGCAAAAGUAAGUUCCACGUACAUAUCUCCUCCCUUCUCCGCUCUUUUCUCCACCUAUCUCUUCUCCACUCGAGUAAUUAAUCGCCACCACAGCCACCAUGUCUCUCAAGCGCAAAGCUGCGGGAGCUGCCGCCGACGCGACUAAGAAGCCUAAAGUAAACGGCAGCAUCACCGCCUUCUUCAGCGCGCCCAAACCCAAUCCUAACGCGCCGGCAAAAUCUGCUGCUGCAGCUAAGUUCGAUAAAGACGCGUGGGCCGCGAAACUCACCGAUGAGCAGAGAGAUUUACUGCAAUUGGAGCUUGAUACGCUGCAUGAGAGCUGGCUGCCUCAUCUCAAGGAUGUGCUUGUCAGCCCGCAGUUUCUAGACCUGAAGAGGUUUUUGAAGAGCGAGUUGAAGAGUGGCAAGACGGUAUAUCCACCAAUGCAGGAUGUGUAUUCUUGGUCACGACACACACCCCUCAACACAGUCAAGGUCGUCAUUACAGGCCAAGACCCCUACCACGGCCCCAAUCAAGCCCACGGCCUCUGCUUCUCGAUCCGUCCGCCCACACCCGCGCCCCCGUCUCUCCAAAACAUCUACAAGGCGCUCAAAAAAGACUACCCCGACUACCAGCCUCCUCCCAACAGAAGCGGUCUCCUAACACCCUGGGCAGAACGCGGCAUCUUGCUUCUCAACACCUGCCUGACUGUCCGCAGGGGUGAAGCAAACUCGCACGCAGGGCGAGGCUGGGAGCUGCUCACGCAGAAGGUCAUUGAUACUGUGGUUAAAGUGAGGAGUAAUGGUGUUGUAUUCUUAGCCUGGGGGACGCCCGCCCAGAACAAGACGAAGGGCAUUCCAGCAGAUAAGCAUCUCAUCCUGAAGAGUGUGCAUCCAAGCCCACUGAGUGCGGCAAGGGGAUUCUUUGACUGCCAUCACUUCACCAAGUGUAACGAGUGGCUCGUGCAGCGCUACGGAAAGGACGGCGGUAUCGACUGGAACCUUAACGAGGAUUCCGAAGAGAAGAGUGUAUAAACGAUAUGGACAACAGUAUUCCCAACCUCCGAUGGGCACAUCCAUUUUGGAGCAUCAAGUUGGAGCCCCUGAGACUUUUCGAUUCGAGGCGCACGGAUUUCAUUCUGUAUACUGGGUUUACUGGCGUUAGGUUGCUUCGGCGCAAAAGCGUGUAUAGGUAUCAGCCACGAUCUAGUGUAAGCUCCCGGCGGUAGCCAUCAAUACAAAUUUUGGUUUUUCGUUUCAAGGCAUGUGCAGUAAAUGUAUGGGUUUGCUACGAGGAUGGAACGGUAGGAGGCCAAGCCACAGCGAACCAGGGAACAUCCCCAUGAGUCCACGAACAGGAUUGCCUGUAAUUGACACACUUAGCAC